CAGUUUUUACCAGAGUCUUGCCCAGUGCGGUCGUGUUUCCGUGCGCUCCGAGAUCCCAAACCGGUUUUGUGCCAUAAUAUUGUUUUUCUUCUCAAAGUGUUCUUUACGCAUCAAAUCUCAAAAUGAAAAUCGACCUUACUGUGGAAAGGGGCCCUUGCAACACCGAUUUGCGGAGUUGGUGUCUGGGAAUUGCGAUCUACUGGCUAAUUAGCAUAACUUUUAGCGUGAUUGUCGCUCCAAAUGUUCUCAACUUCGUUGGUUUUGCAAUUGUUGUAGUCGCCAAUAUUUGCUUGUUGAUCGGCACCCUAAGGGAAAAGCAUAUUUUGGUCUUCGUCUGGCUGAUAUUCGCUGCAAUCGAAGCCAUUAGCUUUCCGUUUGCCGUUUUCGGUGUUAUCUUCCACUACGGAGGAUACCGCGAAGCCACUGGAAUAAAUAACGUUUUUGGCGCCCUGAUCGUGUACAUCAUUACGUUCUUACUUAUCGCCUUCAGCGCUCGUAUUGUGUACUCCUUCUACCUCCAGCUGAAGAAUAACGAUGUCAACAAACAAGCCCCACGUACCCUAAACGUGGUUUAGGGGCCUAAAGAUUGCCAUUUUCGUUUUUUUCGGAGAAUACCGCGAAGCGUCUCGAAAACGUAAUUUUUUUGGCGCUCUGGCAGCUGGAGAACAGAGAGUCUACCAAACAAACCCCACGCUCUCUGAGCGUGGUUUAGUUUUCUACUACUAGAUUAUUUAUUGGGGAAUCCCUACCAUGUUCUUCUCAACUCAGUGUUUGCAAUAAAAUGCGAUUUUAUUUUA